AUGAUCCAAAACUGCCUUAACCUCGUGUAUGCGUUGUCAGCCUUCGCUACUGGUGAUUGGGGUGCAACGCUGUACAAGGGCUCAUGUUGCAGAAGUGACUCCAACAACUACGAUCUCCACUCCCAAAAGGUGGUGGCAACGUUGAUGGACAUCGAAGCCGGAGCGUCAAUCAAGCCCAAGGCUGUCCUAGCCCAUGGGGACAACUUGUACUGGAACGGAAUCAACUAUCUCAGCGAACGGGAUGGACGUUUUGCUGCGUCGUUUGAAGACAAAUACGACGGAAACAACAUCAAGAAUGUCCCCUGGGUGGCAGUUAUGGGCAACCACGACUACGGUGGCUCUGACUUCAUCUGUAGUAGCGGAAACAAGCUCGUUCCCUGCAACAGUACGGAGGAGCUGUUCCACGGCCUCGAUAACAAACUCAAGUGGGAGGCGGAAUACAAAAGUCCUAACGAUAACCGUUGGCGUAUGGCAAACGAACACUUCUACGUCUAUCGUAUUGAGGACCCAGCCUCAGAAGUGAGUAUCGACAUUUUCAAUGUCGACACGAACGACGCCGAUGUUCACGCUGCCGAUCUCGUAUGCUGUCAGUGUUACGGCUACGCGAAAACCGACAAUGCCGGCUGCAACACUAUCAAGCGUGAGGAUAAGUACUGCUUUGGUGGUAAUACGACCAUGUUUGACACCUGUAUGGCCAAGUUUGCUGAAUGGGGUGCCGAUUCCCGUGCUCGGCUGGCUCAGGAGGUAAAGCAGUCGACAGCAACUUGGAAGAUUGUAAACAGUCACUUCAGCCCCUACGAUCACUACUACGAGGCUGGAAUGAACAAGUGGUUUGAUGCUUUGAGAAACUCCGGCGCCCGGGUCUUCCUGCAUGGCCACACUCACGGUGAAAAGCACGACUACGCGGAGUCUCUUGGUGUUCAUUUCGUCGAAAAUGGCGCUGGUGGUGGCAGACCGAAGGAAUAUGCGAGUACCAUUCAAGACUAUUCUGCCAAGUACGUGAAGAACGAGUGGGCGUACAAUCCAAUCGAGUACGGCUUCUUUUCGCUGCAAGCGUCGAAAGACUGGCUGAAGCUGCAGUACCACACGACGGACGACAAGUGGAAUUUCACGGAGAAAUGGGAGGACAUGACAAUUGGUGGCGUGGCAACCAAGCAUUGCUGGUACAUCCCGGCUGAUGGAUCGGAGGGUAGAGACUGCUAA